ACUUUUAUUUCAACUUCCGGUUACAACGAGUCUUUCAGAACGUUUAUAAUGCACAUUUUCGUGAGAUCAUUCGACGACGCAGGUUUCCGACUGGUAGUAGAGGGAACCGAAACAGUCGCAGUGGUGAAGGCCAAAAUCCAGGAGGUAAAAGGAAUUCCACCAGAACAACAGGUGCUCCUGUUCGCGGGUGAUAUUCUCUCGGAGGAUGAUCACACGUUAGAUGACCGAUUUGUGCAGCCGGAAUCUACGCUGUUCCUAGUUCGUCAACUACCGCAAGAGAUACAAAUCGAUGUCGAGAUUGAAAAAGCGGAAUACCGAUUGGUUGUUCGAUUGAGCGAUACUUUUGAAGAAAUAAAGCAAAAAUUCGCAAUCACGAGCGACAAAGAGAUCGACCCAACAGAAUACAAGUUAAUGUUCGGCGGAAAGGUGCUAGAAGAUGCCCGGAAACUCUCUGACGCCGAUAUUGAAGAAUUUUUUAAGCUGCAUUUGGUAAGGACGAUUAAGUAAGUUUUAAAUACUAUUAAGUCACCAUCUACCGCUCAGUUAGAUGGUUUUUCAACUUCUAACAUGUGUAAUUAAAAACGAUGUCAGAUUUUGCUUUUCCAAUAAGUACAUCUCAAA